AUGCCUUGCUCUAGAAAACGAUGGGCAACUCUACUUUCAACCGACACAAGUGAAGGCCAAAUCCUUGCGUCGUUUUGGGGUCAUCAACAGAUCGUCGGUUGCAACUUCGCUACCGGAAAGGAGGCAAAGCGCAAGCAGCUGAAAGUGAUUGCUAUGGCGGAACAGGUCACCCUGAAAAUCCAGCCUGAUCGUAUGGUCCUGGAACCUCUGACCAUCGGAGCUUCGAAAUCUGCUGAGGCAAUCUUACACAAUUGCACUCUGGCCUCAACGUACUUCACACUUUACGCCAAAACAAUUUUCAACGAUGUGGACGUGGAAGAAAAGGGAGAAAUAUCCAUCGCCCCACAGACAGGAUGGCUACCGGGGCUAUGUUCAACACCGAUCCAGUUCGUCGUGGGACCAAAACGGAAAGGUUCCUACCGGAUUCAGUUGUCCUAUGAAUUGUGGAUUCCAGAAAAGGACACUCCGUUACAAGAAACCUGUACUGAUAGAGAGAUAUCACUAGAGGCCACAUUUCCCACGCUAGAAAUCGUCGAUGUUCAAGGAUCUGGCAAACUCAGCACGUUCUCGACCUCAGAACUUUGGCACGAUCUUGAUAUUGAUGGCCUGAAUCACAGCCUUUCUGAGGACCCAACGGCACUGGAACUUGAAGAUUCCGCUAAGACUCGCCCAAUGUUUCGUGACGAUCCAGCUGUGAAUGUGGACAGAGGGCCUGUGUUUGAUUGGUUUGUUGGUUCCUCAGUAGCCACCAUGCAGGAUGAAACUGUGCUAGAUGAAUCCACAGUGGCAACCGAAUCACAACUUCAUGUUCUGUUUGAAAACAAACGUCCAGUGGAUGUUGAAUGUCUGUUCCUGUUUCCAAGUGUCUAUGUGGUCGAUCCACCGUCUUGGGUCGAUGAUGGCACUUACACCGAUGACGAAUUACAUCACAUUAGGCUUUUCGGGAUCACACUGCCACUUACUCAGCCCUACUUGCACUUCGCUCAACGUCGUCACAUCCUACCACCAAUUCAAAUAACGGAAGGGAACCGGGAAUCGGGGUGUUUGUAUCGGCUGCCCUUGCGCAAUCCAAGUGCUCGACGUGUGCAAUUCCUGGUGGCUUCACUUGUAUUUUCUGACGGGACAAAGCAAUUCCAGACGGUCACCAAUGAAAUCACGACUCAAAGGAGCGAUUCGACGGGCCCAUUAGAGUGGGGAAUACCAGUAUUUCGUUGCCUUACCCGUGAGGGAAUUGUAGAGCCCGGUGGAUUUGGAUAUCUAGAAUUCAACUUUCGACCUUUGGAGGCAGAGACCUAUCUAGUAAACUGCACCAUCUGCAUACGUGAUGCCGAAGUUACCUGCAGUGGAAACGAGAAGGAGGCGUUUUUGGAUUCAUUGAGCCUGGAAUUGGAAGUGAAGGCUUACGAUCCUCGUUCUCCCGAUUAUCCAGCUUCGUCGUCGUGUAUUAUGUUGAAAAAUCAGGUAACCCCGCAUACUGGUCGAAUUGAACCCGGCCAAUCGAUUCAACUGGAAGUCCAAUUUUUCGCCAAGGGUGAUCCACGCUGGAUAACGGUAGAAAUGACUUGUGAGCUUUUCGAUGAGGUCAAGGAAAUCAACUACUACAAGGAACUGAAGGCCUGGGAAGAAGAGUGUGACAGAAGGAAAUUUGAAUUUGUUAUUACAGAUCGAAAAGCUACAACGAGCAAACACAAAGGUGGCCACCCCUGCGACCAACUGAGCCAACGAUCUGAUUCAAUCAGUCCACCGCAAUGCCCUUCUCCAGAUUUAUUGCACCUCACCAUUUCGGCUCAAAUUCUGGGAGACAACGAAUUGACCUCUGACAACUUGAGAAGGAUAUAUCAUCGAUUUGUUGACAGUGUUCCAGUUCCAGAACAGAGUCAACGGCUUGACGAAGACCAGCUGAGAUCGGAAACAAAGAGCAAAGUGCAACGCACCAUUUGCACAGACUUGUUGUGCGCACUGUUGAAUGAACUACGAGCAGACACAGAAUUUACUCAACAGCUCCAACGUGCGACGUGUUCACCAGAAUCGGAUCCCACGUAUCGGUCGAACUCACUGAAUAGACCCGAUGACCCAACGCCUUUAUACACACAGUUGGUCCGUUCGACAGAAUCAGGUAAAUCAAUGAGACCAUCAGAACCAACAAUGGAGACUGUAGAAAAUGAUCGUAAUGGGCCCCAAGAAGCAGGCCAUAGGAAAAAUGAAGAGCGCAAAACUCCAGACUUUCCACUGUCGACUGAAACAAAACUUUUAAUCAAAGACGAGAGAACAGAGACGACUGAAAUCGAAAAGAACGAAGGACUAAAACAGAGCACCGCACUUCGCAGCAUUAUCGAACAAACUGUGUCAGAGAUAAUUCGAAAUAUCAUAGCUGAAGCCAAUGCGCACGAAGUUGAUCUGACCACGGAAUCUCUACGAGUCGUUUGCCUACCUCCAAAGAAGUGAUACGAGUCAUGGAACAACAAAACAGGGAGAUCGGCGGAAGCAAGAUCAACCACUUCCACAAGAUGACUAUGCACCAUUCACCUUUUUCACAGUAUGAUUUGUAGCAACCAGAUUUCUUCGAACAAGACUGGUAGGUUAGCUGGCAAAAACAGGUAACUGACAUGAGAACCGGCGCCUAUCUUUUCAAAAAUAUACGAG